AUGGAUUCUCAUGCAAGUCCUGAAGCGCACCGGGCGGGGGCCUUUCUUGACCCCGUCACUAGCCUGUUCUUCGACCACGUGGACGGGUUCGUACUCCCGAUGGCCCGACCUGAGUUGUGGGCAGCCAUCUCGUGGGAGCAGAAGUUGGAAGCAUACAAGCAGCACCUCGUGACGCUACCGACGCUCACGCUGUUCCAAACGACAAGCAGGAGCAAUUUUCGCGCCGAGCAGCAAACUAUUGAGGAACGAAGACUGGCCGUAACAGAGGAAGCGAACUGA